CUUCUCUUCCUAGCUUACCAGAGGAGACAGCAAGAUGAGCCUACGGAAGCAAACCCCGAGUGACUUCCUAAAACAAAUCAUUGGAAGGCCAGUUGUUGUAAAACUAAAUUCUGGAGUUGAUUAUAGAGGUGUCCUGGCUUGCCUGGAUGGGUAUAUGAAUAUAGCUCUGGAACAGACUGAAGAAUAUGUAAAUGGGCAAUUAAAGAACAAGUAUGGGGACGCAUUUAUCCGAGGAAAUAAUGUAUUGUACAUAAGCACGCAGAAGAGGAGGAUGUGAAGAUGCCAGAAGGAGGCUGUUUGUACUUGUGAACCUCUUCGAGUGAUGAGCCCUAUUUGAUUUGUAGUUAAUAAUCCACAGGCAAAACACACAAGUGUUGGAAUAUUUUUUUAAAUAAAUGUAAACUAGUGUAAACCUCCUGAAUGUUUUUUGUUUUCAAAGUGUUGCUUUGUUCCACUGUACAGAAAAAAAAUAAAGGUGAAGCAUGUAAGAGUGCUGCAAGACUAA